AUGAUGGCAGACUCCUACCCACUACCGCGCAUCUGGGACCACCUACGCCGUGCAGCCGGGAAGAAGUACUACUGCACGUUGGAUAUGAACAGCGGAUUCUGGAAUGUCCCGAUCGAGAAGGGGAGUAAGCCGUUGACGGCAUUCAUAACUCCGAUCGGGCUAUUCGAAUUCAACGUCAUCCCAUUCGGGGUAGAGAACUCACCUGCUGAGUUCCAGCGGGCCAUGGAUGCUUGUUUCGAGCCCUUACUCGGCGACGAUGCGUUUUACUACGUCGACAAUAUCGUCAUUUGCGGCGACGACAUCGAGAGCGUGCUCGCAAAAGUGGAGCUCUUCCUGAAGCAAUGCAGGAAGACUGGGUUCUACCUGCGGCUCGACAAAAGCGAGUGGGAUAAGCACCAGGUGAAGUACUUAGGACACGUGGUCGGCACGGAUGGUAUCAAGGUCCAAGAGAAGAAGACACAAACUAUCGUAGAGCAGACGCCGAGACCGGAGAGCAGACGCGGUCUUCAGAGCUUCCUGGGCAUGUGUGGUUACCUGCGGCCGUUCAUCUCUCACUACUCGGACACGACGGCACCGUUGUUCGACCUCUUGAAGAAGGGCGCCGAGUUCAGGUGGCAGCCAGCGCACGAACGUGCCUUCGAGGCCCUGAAAGAAGCAGUACAGAACACGGUCACUCUGCACGCACCGACCCCACAGAACCUACAUCAUCGAGACGGACGCCUCCGAACUAGGAGUAGGAGCUCUGCUAAAGCAGCGUCAAAGUGA